CCCCACUCCGGGGCCUCCUGCGGGGGGGGGGAGGUGGGCCGCCGCCCCUUUUCGGGCCUCCUAAGAAGGCCGCCUGUGCCCCCCCCCCAGAGGGGCUCCCCCGCCCAGGCCGCGGGCAAGUGCCCCCCCCCCCCGGGGCCCAGCGGCCAUCUUGGGGGAGGCGGCAGCGGCAGGAGGGGGCCGGCCUCGACCUCUGCCCCGGCGCCUCCCGCCCGCCUGCCCACGGCCGCCUCGCCUCGCCUCGCCUCGCCUCGCCUCGCCCUCCAGUCGGGGCCUCAGAGCCCGCCCGCCCGCCGAUGGCGCCGGGAGGCCCCCCAGGCCCGGUCGCCGCCUCCCUCCUGCUGGCCGUCGUCCUGCUGGGUGCCGCUUCCCUCGCCCCGCCGCCCCCGGAGGCCUUCCAGGCGGGCCCGGCCGCCUCCGCCGCCUCCUUCCCGCUGCCCGCCUCGGCGGCGCCUGCCCGGCGGUAUCUUUUGUACGAUGUAAAUCCCCCUGAAGGUUUCAACCUUCGCAGAGAUGUGUAUAUUCGAAUUGCCUCUCUGAUAAAGACUUUAUCAAAAAGUGAACCUUGGGUAUUGGUUUUACCACCUUGGGGACGUCUCUAUCACUGGCAGAGCCCUGUUAUACAUCAGAUCCAAAUUCCAUGGUUCGAAUUUUUUGAUAUUCCAAGUCUCAAUAAAAACAUACCUGUAAUUGAGUAUGAAGAGUUCCUUGCAGAAUCAGGUGGACCUUUUAUCGAGCAGAUAUAUGUGCUGCAAAACUAUGCUGAAGGAUGGAAAGAGGGGACUUGGGAGGAGAAGAUCGAUGAAAGACCCUGCAUUGAUCAGCCCACAUAUUCAAUGGACAAAAAUAAAUACUACAGGGGGUGGUUCUGGGGCUACGAAGAAACACGAGGCCUGGAAUUGUCCUGCUUCUCUGUCCAAGGUUCCGCUUCCAUCCUGGCUCCUCUCCUUUGGAACACUUCAGCUCGGUCAGUGUUGCUGGACAGAGCAGAAAACCUUCUUCAUGACCACUAUGCGGGCAAAGACUACUGGGAUACUCGUCGAAGUAUGGUGUUUGCUAAGCAUUUACGUGUGGUGGGAGACCUGUUCAGAGCAACAUACCUUAAUUCCACUGAUGAGAAGGACAGGACGCAGUACAUCGAAGACUGGACCAAGAUGAAGGUAAAACUGGGCACAGCCAUUGGCGGUCCAUACCUGGGAGUUCAUCUCAGGCGCAAAGACUUCAUCUGGGGUCACAGAAGCGACGUGCCCAGCAUCCAGGGAGCAGUUAAGAAAAUCACCAGCCUGAGGAAGCUGCAUAAUCUUGAGAGAAUAUUCAUAGCUACGGAUGCGGUCACAGACGAGAUUGAAGAGUUGAAAGGGCUGCUUCCAGGGAUGGUGAGAUUUGAGCCUUCUGAAAAAGAGAUGAAACUCUACAAGGAUGGAGGAAUAGCAGUCAUUGAUCAGUGGAUAUGCGCCCAUGCCAGAUAUUUUAUAGGCACUUCGGUCUCGACGUUUUCCUUCCGCAUUCAUGAGGAAAGAGAGAUUCUAGGCUUUGACCCCGAAACAACUUACAACAGAUUCUGUGGUGAUGAAGAGAGAACUUGCGAGCAGCCAACUCACUGGAAAAUUGUGUAUUAACCCAAACAGCUACACAGAACAAGGACCCUCUUGGCCCACCAAAGCAAAGUCAUUUUUAUGAGAAGCAUUAUUUCCUCUGCCUGAUUCUUUUGUAAUUCUGGAGAUAAACACCCGUGCACCCACA